ACAAAGAAAUACCUAUUUUUUGACUAGUUAAUAAUUAAGCAUUUGUCUUUGAUAUAAUUUUAAAUUUGUAUAAUCCUCAUAAGUUCUGAAAGAAGGUGAUAAAGUUGAGUUGAAUAGCGGUUUAUUAAAAGCAAAGUCCAUUACUCCAAAUAGAGAAAUUGCAUUUGUGAUUCUUGAAAAUGAGUGGAAGUGGAGUGGUGGUGGGUAUGGUAUUGUUUGUGUUUGUGAAGCAUGUGAGUGCAGAAGCAGAAGAGCAUCUUCCUCGCGUAGUCACGCCGUUUCCCGCGCCCAAGAUAACAGAGCUUCCUCAGUUUCAAGGUGUCCAUAAGGAGACUUUGUACUGGGGAACUUAUCGCCCCCAGCUCUAUCUCGGAAUCCGUGCCAGGACUCCAAAGUCUUUGAUUGCUGGAUUAAUGUGGAUUGUUGUGAAGGACGGUAGAUAUCAUUUGCGGCAUGUUUGCAGACAUGAGGAUGACCUAAGUAGUUAUGGUUGGACAAAGCACAAUGGACGUGAUUUUGGAAAUCAAGUGCUGGUUGACCAUGGCUUGACCUUGAAUACCGGAUUUUUAAAAUCAAAAGAGGAAGGCAGUGGCUAUGGAGGGGAUUGGGCAGUUCAGAUUAAUGUGCAAGCUGAUAAGUCCAAGUGGAAUGAAGAAUUUGGGAGAGGUGCCCAGCUUUUCUUCUAUUUGGCUGAUGAAGGUGGUAAUGCUCUAAAUUUAAGUAGAAAAAACUUGAACAUUCGUGGGGAUUCUUUGCUGGCAUCUGGCUCUCGAGCCGACAUUGGAGAUUGGCAGCUACAUUUAAAAUCAAUGGAUGAUUUGGAGCUGCAUUAUUCUGGAUUUCACACUCCACACUUUCACAAUUUGUCUGAUCGUGUUGAGGAAAAUCUUGCAUCUCAAAUAAGAAAACAAGAUCGACUGCUGCUAUCCGACUCAUCAGAUGAUUCUCCAAAUGUUUUAGUUUUUCAGAUUAUUGGUGGAUUUUCUUUCACAACAGAUUUUACAUUUAUCUCUGGAACUGAUUCAGAAGGUUCAAAAGUGGAAGGUUCAAAAGUUGAAGAGCGUGUCAGUAGUCUUACAGGAACUUCACUGUCCAAUCAACUGAAAUAUAAAGAACAAGCAUUUGAUGAAAAGUUUGAGAAAAUUUUCAAUUUAGCUGAGAAGGUAGAUCCAGAAUCCAUAUCUGUUGGUAAGGCUGCUGUGGGAAACUUAAUCGGUGGCAUCGGUUACUUCUAUGGCCAGUCAAAAAUUGCUCUUUCAGGAAUCCUUAAUCUUAGGGAACAUGUUAAUUAUAUAUCAUAUUGGCCUGCUGAGCUUUACACAGCUGUACCAUGUCGACCUUCCUUUCCAAGAGGAUUUUUAUGGGAUGAAGGUUUUCAUCAACUUAUAAUCUGGCGUUGGGAUAUCCAUAUUUCAUUGGAUAUUAUUGGACACUGGUUAGAUUUGAUGAAUGCUGAUGGAUGGAUACCGCGUGAACAAAUUCUCGGGGCAGAAGCACUGAGUCGGGUUCCAGAGGAAUAUGUUCCUCAGCAUCCAACAAAUGGAAAUCCUCCAACUCUGUUUUUAGCAUUAAAUGGUAUAGUUAAUGGCUUGAAGAAUAAUGAGUUUACUGCAAAGGAUAAAACUGAGAUCUCUCUAUUCCUAGAGCGUGCCUUUGUUCGAUUAGAAGCAUGGUUCCAAUGGUUCAAUACAACUCAGUCAGGGAAACAGAUGAGCAGCUAUUAUUGGCAUGGACGGGACAAUAAGACUAUACUUGAAUUAAAUCCCAAGACACUCACCUCUGGAUUCGAUGAUUAUCCACGUGCUUCACACCCAAGUGCAGAUGAACGGCACGUGGAUCUUAGAUGUUGGAUGUUACUUGCAGCAGAUUGUUUGCAUUCCAUUGAAGAGUUGUUGGAUAAGGAAACCAAACCCGAAGGGAAUUAUGGUUCUACUGCUAAAUUGCUAUCAGAUGUCGAGUUGCUGAACCAGAUGCAUUAUGAUGACAGAUAUGGUGCUUACUUUGAUUUUGGAAAUCAUACAGAAAAGAUUCAACUUAAAUGGAAAGAAGUGGAGAUAGGACACAAUAAUACUGCUCGCCAGCUUGUCAGGGAUGUUUUAGAGAGGCCCGUAUUGAGAAUGGUUCCUCACAUUGGUUAUGUUAGUCUAUUCCCAUUCAUGGGGAAGAUCAUUUCACCUGGAUCAUGGAUUCUGGAAAAGCAACUUCAACUCAUUUCAAAUGAUAGCCUCUUUUGGACUGACUUUGGACUACGAUCACUUGCCACGACAAGUUCCUUGUACAUGAAAUUCAACUCAGAGAGGGAAGGCCCAUAUUGGAGAGGUCAAAUUUGGAUAAACAUGAAUUACAGAAUUCUUUCAGCGCUCCAUCAUUACUCCAAAGAGAAUGGGCCAUAUCAGGACAUGGCUAAAGCCAUCUAUAAAGAAUUGAGAAGCAAUUUAAUAAGAAAUAUAGUACGCAAUUAUGAAGAGACUGGAUUUUUGUGGGAACAGUAUGAUCAGAAUAAUGGUAAGGGAAAAGGGUCACAUCCAUUCACCGGCUGGACAUCGCUUAUGGUACUAAUCAUGGCAGAAGCAUAUGACAUAAUUUAGGUUACCACAUUAUCCAAAUACCCAACAGCAUUGGACCUUUUAUACACUCUGGAGUAAUCAAAACAAGAUCUUCACAGAAUAUCAUAAGAAGGGCAUCUAAUUUCUCAUAAGGCUAUCAUACUACAACUAAGUAUAAUAACCCCCCACCAACUCCCUUGGCUGGUGUCAAUAAUGUAUUUCAAAUUAAAAGUGAUAUCGACAAAGUUCUGUAGAGACUUAAAAAAAAAUCUGUAGAGGCUAAAAGUUAUCAUUCCAAAGGCUACUUUGUCUGUGUUUAAGCAUCAUAUCAAAGAUCCUCUUGUCUUGCACCUUUUUCAGGAAUUAUAAAGGAAACAGAGUUUUAAAACAAGAUUCCUCCACCCUCACUUUUCAGAAGCUACUACGACAUUCUAGGAGAUUUUCAUUUGUACUAUGGACAUGAAUGGAGUUCUUCACUAUGUAUCAGUAAUCAGAAUCAAGGCAGGAUUCGAAAAUUCUUCCGACCAAAUAAUAAUAUAUAAAAUUAGUGAGUGAGA